CGUUCCUACACAGAAUACAUUUAAAGUCAAUAUUUUUGUCUCUGUUUUCCCAGCCGAUCUGUUUCAUCCAAUCUACUCUAUUCCUUCCCUCAUUCAAUCGAUGCUUUUUUCUGUGGUGUGAGGUUGUAGCGUUGCGUGAGAAUUUCUAGUCAAAUUAAAAUUUAAAACUCAAUAAGUACGCCUGUUUUGGUAGUACCGAAAUACGAAAUGGCGAAUGAAACUACCGAAAUCAGCGGCAUCGUUAAAAAAUGCAAAAUUCUUUUGUUGGACAUCGAAGGAACGACAACAUCAAUCAGCUUUGUUAAGGAUAAGCUAUUUCCGUAUGCAGAAGAAAAUGUGAAGCAGUUUCUGGAGAACCAAUGGGAGGAUGAGGGAGUUAAGGAGGCCGUCGUUGCUCUCAGAAAACUGGCUCUUGAAGACCAGGAGAAGAGUGUUGAGGGUGCGGUACAAAUCCCUGGAGAGGAUGCGACCAAAGAGGAGCAGAUUGAGGGUCUGGUAAAGAACGUGAAGUGGCAAAUGUCUGCCGACCGUAAGGCAGGUCCGCUCAAACUGCUGCAGGGCUUGAUCUGGAAGCAGGGCUAUGAUAAUGGUGAAAUUAAGGGGCAUGUCUACGACGACGUCUCCCCAGCCCUCCAGCAAUGGCGCGCCACCGAAGGCCAGAAAGUGUACAUCUACUCCUCUGGCUCCGUCGACGCUCAAAAGCUGUUGUUUGGACAGUCUCUCGCCGGAGACUUGUUGCCGUUCAUCGACGGCCACUUUGACACAGCAGUUGGUGCGAAACAGGAAGCUGAUAGUUACAAAGCUAUUGUUGAGAAAAUUGGCUGCAAAGCUGAGGAGAUAUUGUUUUUGACUGAUAUUGUGAAAGAGGCGGAAGCGGCUCGCAGCGCUGGUGUCCACACGGCGCUGGUGAGCCGCGCAGGCAACGCUGCGCUGCCCGCCGACGCGGCCGCCAGCUUCCCCGUGCUCAGCAGCUUGGCGCAGCUCGCCGUCUCCAACAAGCGCAAGACGGACCCCCAGGAUGAACAACCAGCUAAAAUUGCUAAGACUGAUACAGAGGUAAAUGCAGUUGAAGCAGAGGUUUCGAAAGAACCUGUAUCCGACGUACCAACAGUCACCUCCGAAGAACCAGAGAAAACUGAAAAAAUGGACGUGGAAGAAGUCGCGCCUGUUGAACAGCCUUCCUCUAAAAAUGGCGAGGAGAAAAUGGAGGAUUCACCCAUCGAGAAAACAGUGGUGGAGGAAAUCACGGAUGCCGCUGAUAUUGGAGAUAUUCCUGUCAUCAGUGUGGAGCCUGUAGUAAUAGAAGAUGUUGAUAAGACUGACGAGAAACAGACUGAGGCAAUGGAAACCGAAAUAACAGAAACUAGCACCACUGUAAGUGAAUUAAAUGGCAAAAAUGAAGAAGCUGUAGAAGACAAACCUAAGGUUUUAAUUACAGAAAUCAAAGAAAUCACAGACAAGCAACCCAUUCCGGAGGUUGCCGAAGUUAUCGAUGAUCUCAUGCCUGUAGUAGAAGAACCAUCUACUGUAGAAGAUAUGGAAGAGUUGCAAAAUGUUGGCGAAUCACUUGAAAAAGAGUGUGAGGAAAUAUUAUCAAAGGUGCAGGAUGUCACUAACUUAGAUAAAAUUCCUUUAAAGCCUCUAUUAAAUCCUAUUGCAGAGGAAACAAUGGAAAGCGAGAACGCUGAUUCAAAUGAUAUUGUUGAAAGGAUACUUGAUACUGAAAUAGAACUUGGCAUGAAACAGUGCGAAGAUAUUGAUUUAAAUACUGUUACAGAAAUAACAGAAGCAGGAACAAAGCCUGUUAGUGAUAAAACUGAGCAGGUUGAUGCAAUUUCUAUAGACAAAGUUCCUGAAGAUAAAGUAUUAGGCGAGGCAUCAGAGGUGAAAAAUUCUACAGAAAAAUUGGAUGGAAGUUGUUCUACUGAACAAACAACUGAUUUUAAAGAAAGAAAACCAGUUGAAGUAGAAAUGAAAGAAAUCCCAGAAAAAAGUAAAGAAUCGCCCGAAGAAAGUAAAGAAACGCCUGAAGAAAGUAAAGUCACACCUGAAGAAAGUAAAGUCACACCUGAAGAAAGUAAAGUAACACCUGAGGAAAGUAAAGCAAAACCUGAGGAAAGCAAAGAGACACCUGUUCAGUGUACAGAAGCAAUCGUCGAAACUAAUGGAUCAGUUGACGCAAAUGCAACCACAGAUAAAUCAGAAGUAAUUACUGAAACAAAAGACAAUCAAUCAACUGAACCCGGGAAUGCAGAAAGCGAGGUCAAAGUUAAUGGAAACAUGACUAACGGCGAUUCUGAGACUGCAAACUUAAACGGUGACGCAAAGAAUGAGGAGCUAAACUCGAGGCUUUCUGCCGAAAAUGGCAAAGAAGUAAAUGGAUCUAAUGGUAAUGCUAAAGAGACGGAAGAAAAGGGACAGGGAGACGCUAAAGAAAUGGAGGUUGCGGACAUUAAAGUCAAAACAGUAGCCGUCGAAGAGCAACAUACUGGUCCAAUAGAGCAACCUACGGAAGCAUAAGGCAAUUUGUGUGGGGACGGGUAGCGGCGGGGCGUAGCAGCGUUGCGGGUUCACAUCAGUAGAAUGACAAGACUGAGGUUGCUUCCAUGCUAACAUCUAUCUAGUUGAUAUUUGUAUUGAAAUUCCACUGUGUAUCGGCGGCGGCGACAGGUGUGCUCACUGCAAACGAAUCUUUGUAAGGCUCGACCACUGUUACUUAGUUUAGUGUGCGGUAUGAACGAUCGUGGCAACUGAACUGGCUGACAUAAAUCUGUAAAAUUUGAUUUUUAUCACACAUUUGUUAUACAGGAAUGAGGUAAAAAUUGAUUUGGACUAGUGUAUCUUGUUGGUAAAACUUUUUGUUUUGAAAAUUUGCAAAUGCUCUAAAUAACUUGUUACCACUGAAAGUACUAUUAACUAAACAAGAAGGAGCAAAGUAAUUGAGCAAAUAAUUAAUAUAUUUUUUUAAAAUAAAUAAACGUUUAUUUGCUCCUCACAAAAAUAAUUAACCCAUUUUAUUUCUUAAUGAAGACUGCAAUGACAGUAUUUUCCGUGCCAAAAGCGGGUAUUUGUACACUGCAUAAGACUGAACCAAGACUAAUAUUUUGUAUUAGGUUAAGUUCAUAUGAUUGCAGGGCUCCGUAAAUCUUGUUUCUUGGUAUUAAAUCAAUUUAUUAUACAUGAAACACUCGAGUUGCGUGUUCAUAUGAACUUAGCCUUUAUUUAUCCACGAUUAAAAAGCAUUGCAUGUUCUUCACGGUCGUUCAUACUGAAAUAGUUUUAACUUUCUAUAUAAGUGAAUAUAAGAUCAUAUAGUAUAAGAUUCAUCAUCCUAAUUAGACAUUCCUAUAUGCAGUAUAUAACAGUGGUCGUUGGUGUUAACAUUUGAAAUAACUUAUAGAGGUGCUAAAAUACUCACAAAGGACCUCGCGGAUCUUUGUUUAUCGUGAUAUGAGGGCACUUCAUGGAAAUAUGUAAAUGAUGAAUGAGCAUUACUUUUUGAAUAUCAUUAUUACUUUCGUUAAGCCUUCGGCUUUCGUAAAUAUAUUGACAUUAGCGGGUUACUUAUGUUGUCAAUAGAAAAAGGACUGAACUACAAAUUGUAAGUUAAUUACAAAGACCUUGCACACGUUUUUCCUCAGAUGUUGUAUUACGCCGGUCUUUUGGCCUACGAAUACUUUUCGUCCUCAAUUCGACAAAAAUGUUGCUUGAACACUAUAAGUUUAACCAACAUCUCGUUUUCUCCUUUCUACAUAUUAUGAGGUUGGCUUCCUUUCUUUGGUACCAGAAUUUUCUUUCACUCGUCUGUGUUCUACAAUUCUACAUCAAAGAUGUUUCCUAGUUAACAGGACCCCGUAAGGGGAAUUAGUUCUCUCGUUAAAUUGAUGUCGACCUAAUAACCUAUUAGAAUACACGAGCGCCAGUAUACGGGGCUGUCAGAGCACACUUUUCGCCGCCGCUUCUCAUAUUUCAUCUAAAGUAAGUUUUAUUCCUAAGUAUUAACUGUAUUGUGAUUUUUGAUUAUCGUAUAUACUACUCGAACUUCCUAAAUUGACCCACUGCCAAACUUGCACGGUUCAUUUGAUAUUGGUCUAUGCAGAUUAUUGUGAUAUUGAAAUGAUAAAAAGACUGUAUAUGAUAAGUAUGAGCCGAGGGCUGUGUUGUGACGUAUUUAUUGAAUUGUACUUGUAUGAAUUUGUACAUGGAAAUUUUUUCUUCUUAUUUAUUAUUGAUUCAUCUCUUAUGUAUAAAGUGUAAGUAAUGAAUUCAGUAACAAAAUUUUUUUGGGCUAAUUCCACUUUAAAAAAAGUUUUGUUUCAAAAUAUCAGGGUAAUUUUUAUUACUAGAAUAUGGUGCCAAGUCAACCAGGAAAAAGGCUGUUCACAAUUUUGUAACUAGUCAAAGCUUAGAAUCUCGAAUUUAUCAAAUGGGACUGUUUUGUGUCUUGCACAAAUAAGUAGGUACUAUUUUUUGAUUUUUUUUUAUUUUUAGUUCCUUGUCUUAAUUUUUGUGUAUUUAGAUUUAGGUCAAGGAAUGUGCAGUGGCUGGGCCAAAAUCAAAUGACGGGCGAGCUUCUUUGUUUAGAAUGGUUAUUUUUUCUUGCCGCCAAUUUUUCAUUGUCUCGGUAAUAGCAAAAUAACGUAAUAUUGAUACUUGACAGGGAAAACCUACUAUCGAAUAAUGAAUGUUAGGGUUAAAACACACUUCAUCCAGUAAUCCAGUAUAUACUUCAGGUGCCUGACAAUGUGAAAAUAAUCUGAGGCUUCCGUACUUCGAAAUGUUAUUAUUUUAAUGUAGUACCCGUCACUUUCAUUAUGGACUCUUUGUUAGAUUGACUAGUAGAAAAUGCAGAAUAGACGUAACGCUAACUUUACAUAACCUAUACCUAACCGAGAGGAUAGUCAGAAGAGUUUCUACAGUCACCUCGCUUCCUCUAGGUUACCUAUACCUCUUCUACAACACGCACUAUGGUCACGAUUGCUCCUGGCCACCAUGGGAUACACACUGGCGGUUGAUUUUUGUUUAACAUUUCGGUGUAUUCUAAAUAAUGGGCUUGUUUGGUUCUUUAUCAGUAAGUCUUGGAAAUUCCAUAGUUGAUAGUCAAUCUUGCAACGAUUGUUCUUAUUCCUAUUUAUUUGUAUUAAACAACAUACUUAAAAUUUAACAUUUUAAACGAUUGUGCAGUGUGUUUUUGCCCUAAUGCGCGAAAUGAUUAUUAAUUUAAUUAAUUAACACACAAUUUAAGUUUAAACAUUUAAUUGUAAAAAAAUGAGCAAAUCUCCAACGCAACUGAAAUGUAUUAAUUUUAAUUGUCACCAAUUAAUGACGUUGAAAUAUAAUGGAUGUAGAAUUUUUAA